AAACUCCACCACAGACCAGGUCUACCAGGCUGUGGUUAUGAAACUUGGGAUGGACAGUGUAACAGCCAGCUACUUUGCUUUGUUUGAGGUCAUCAACCACACUUUCGUACGUAAGCUCGCCCCCAAUGAAUUCCCCCACAAACUGUAUGUACAGAACUAUACCUCAGCCAUCCCAGGAACCUGCCUCACCCUGCGCAAGUGGCUCUUCACUACAGAGGAAGAGAUUCUGCUCAAUGACAACCAGUUGGCUGUCAACUACUUUUUUCACCAGGCUGUGGACGAUGUGAAGAAAGGCUUCAUCAAAGCAGAGCAGAAGUCCUACCAGCUGCAGAAGCUGGCUGAACAGAAGAAGAUGUCAAUGUACCUGAGCUUGUUACGGAGUUGCGAGGGCUACAAUGAGAUCAUGUUCCCCCACUGUUCCUGCGACUCCAGACGUAAAGGCCACGUCAUCACAGCCAUCAGCAUUCAUCACUUUAAGCUGCACGCUUGCACCGAGGAAGGGACACUCGAGAACCAGGUGAUUGCAUUCGACUGGGGGGAGAUGCAGAGGUGGGACACGGAUGAAGAGGGCAUGGCCUUCUGCUUCGAGUACGCACGAGGGGAGAAAAAACCCCGCUGGGUCAAGAUUUUUACCCCCUAUUUCAACUACAUGCAUGAGUGCUUUGAGAGAGUCUUCUGUGAGCUGAAGUGGAGGAAGGAGGUGGAGGAGGAGGCUACAGACAAGGACAAUAAGAACUGCAGUAAAGAUGGUAUGUGUGGCAAGAAUAUUUUCCAGCUCCUGAGGCACAGAAGGGAUGGAGGCACCUAGGAAGGGAGAUCGUUACCUCUUAACUUAGACACCGUUGUCACUGACUCUGCUCAGUCCGGCCCUCAUCUAGCCACCCAGCUCCUAGCUACAUGGUCGUCAUUUACACUCCCAUCAGCUGCAACCUGAAAACUCCCCCCCCAUUUCCCCCCAAAUACACGCAAACCAACAAGCAUCGGCAAAUGAACAAACGGGAUAAGAAGCGGCAUAAGAAGCUUAAGACACAUGAACUGGAGCUCUUGAAUCGAGCACAUCAUAAUCACACAUUUAGCAGAGCUCUGUAAAAUAAACUAUAGACUUAUAUCUAUAGACUUAUGGAUUAAUUUAAGCCAUCCUCCUUUUGGCAGCGACUUGAAGUGGAAUGUUACUCGCACACGAGGAGGUUUUGAGCCAACUCUGAAGUUGUUCUACCUGUAAGGAAAACGCUGAAUUGAAUAAGUAGAUAUUGCUGUACUGAUAAGGGAAACUGAGAGCUGUAAAAACAAUGAUCAGGGAUACUGAAGGUUUGACCACAGGAAAGACACUAAGCUUCUGAAUUUAUGGAACAAGCAGCGGUGUCUUUUUUGGCCAGGUUUUAGCGUGCUGAUUGUGUUAUGCAUGUGAACAAUGCGUGCAGCAGGGCCCCUGAUUGCAAGGGGCCAACUAGAGCGAGGCCUUCAGAAUGUAGGUGUCACCUUGAUUAUUUCAUAUUAUGCAUUUUCUUGUGUUGCCGCUAAUUUUUUCGCAUUUGUAAAUGAAAGCUAUUAACAUUGGCAAAUAGAGAAGGGAGAGAGAAAGGGAAUAUUUUGUAGGAUUGUUAGACACAUUUUUUCAGUCUGACAACACAGCUCUGAUCAUUGGGAACAUGAGCAGAAACAUGUUAAAUGUUGCACUUUAUCCAACAGUAUUAACAACCUCCACACACGGGACAUGUAACUGAAGAAGCAGAACCGUGUGAAUAACACUACAACUAGCCUGUG